AUGUAUGUGAUCGGGAUGGCAGGGAUUGAGGAAGAAGGUAUCUCUCCAUUCCGAAACCUAGAUGUUCAAGCUGUACUUUGUGGCUCAGACCUCAGCGUCAAGUAUACCAAGCUAUCACAAGCAUUCCAAUACCUCACACGAAACCCCGGCUGCCAAUUCUCGGUCACAAAUGAAGACAGCACAUUCCCGAGCGCGGAUGGUCUCUUGCCUGGAACUGGAGCCAUCAGCGCUCCAUUACGCUUUGUGCUGGAGAAGGAUCCGAUAAGUAUCGGAAACCCGCAAAGACAACGCUGGAUUGUAUUCAAGCCAAGCGAAUGUUUCCACCGAGCUUUUGGUGCUUCUCAUCAAUCUGCCUUUCUGACAAGACGAGCCGGGGGUCUGGCAACGCUCCUUGUCCUGACGGUACUCGACUACGUCACCCAGUCUAUUGGAUUCGCGUCUUCGAUGGAAAAUAGUUCUAGUCUUCUCCCGUGCAUAGAAGGGGCUGGUCCUCAGAAGAGUGGAUUAAUUAGAUAUCUAAAACUACAAUUUGAAUAG